AUGAAAUUACUUGAAGAAGCCGGGAUAUACGUACUCAUAAGUGUCUCAACACCAUCGAAUUCCAUUGACCGUCUGGCCCCAACCAAGUCUUACAACCCCGACACCGUGGCAUCAUUUUUCAGGACAGUUGACAUAAUAGCUAGCUUUCCAAAUACUCUGGGUAUACUAGCUGGUAACGAACUGAUCAACAAUGAUGCCACGCUACCCGUAGCAGCUGUUCUCAAAGCCGUCGUGCGAGAUCUGAAGAUACACAUGAAGCUCCAAAACGAAGCCCUUGGACAACGCAUGCUCCCUAUCGGAUACAACGCGGCCACAAGCGGUGCUAGAGACCAGGAAGUGCUGGAGUAUCUGACCGCUGGUGAGCAUGAGACCUCAAUUGAUUUCUGGACAUGCAAGAACUUCAACUUGAAGGAGCUUCCAGAUGUGAUUCGAGCCGUACAUAACGACUUGCUUCACAGAUUCAACGGUACCUCCAUACCAAUAUUCCUGUCAGAAUAUGGCAACAACACUCAAAAACCUCGCAUCUUUCACGAAACAACUGUUUUGUACUCGCCUUCAAUGAGCCGCGUCUUCUCUGGUGGAUGCGUAUACGAGUUUUGGCAGAACGCAAAUGGGUAUGGUUUAGUGGAGAUUCUAAAACAUCGGGGCGACAAACAAACUACCCAUAGUGACAGUAUGAUCUAUGAGAGGAGAGAGACAUAUUGGGGAGUGUUGCUUAUUUUGAGAGAUUUCGUAAAUUACAAGGCCAGAUUGGCUGAGAUUGGUAACAUCGGAGUAGAAAGCGAAGAAUCGUGUACCGAAACAGAAAGAGAACAACAAAAGACUGGUAUGGAAGCUAUCCGGCAGUGGCAGUUUAAGCUUCAUGUCCCAGACAGCUGUGUUGAUUGGGUUUCAUCAACGGAAUUUAUGGAAAGCUAA